GACUUAUACUUUCUCAGGCUUCCGAAUGUUCAUUGUUUGUAAGGAGGUGGUGUCGUAUCUUUGUCCAUCUACGUCAUAGAAAUGCUGGCGCGUCCACGUCGCGUCUUCCUGAGCACUCAGACUCUCUACUUGUUCUCACCACCAAUUACAAGAAUUAAAAUGUCGAAAAGAACACUGGACACUUUCUUUAAUCCUACUCAGAAGAAGGUCAGGAUCUCACUCACGGAAUCUAAAGAUGCGCCGUCAAAACACACGACAUAUCCCUUUGCGAUAGCACAAUUGCCACCAGAAAUCAGCGACCUCUUGAAUUUCGCCCCAGAAGCAGAAGGCAAAAUCAUAAAUGAUCAACCGGAUCUGGAUCUCUUGUACUUUCAACCCUAUAUACCCGGAUCGAUUUCAACGCCUCUGUUUGAGUUUCUUCGUGGAGAAUUGUUCUUUUACAGGGUCAAGUAUAAGAUCAAGAGGGGCCCUGUUGAGACGGAUAUCAAUACACCUCGCUUCACCACUGUAUUUGGUGUAGAUGAGACUUGUAAAUUUUCGUCUGACGGCUCACUCUUGGAUGCCGCUACACAAAAGCCCAUCCCAAAGGACAAAUACAAGACUUGCAAACCGCGACCUAUACCCUUUUGUCUGGAUCUCCUACGCAAACUCACAGAAGCGGCAACAGAUCAAAAAUACAACUUCUGUCUCGUAAACUACUACGCUACAGGCGACGACAGUAUAUCCUACCAUAGCGACGAUGAAAGAUUUCUUGGUGUGGAUCCUGCAAUCGCGUCGUUUAGUCUUGGAGCCAAGAGGGAUUUUCUGAUGAAACAUAAACCUACUCCACCUUCCGACACCAAAAGCGCUGCUGCUAUAGCUUCCGAGACUAAACCUCUGAAACUUCCUCUGGGGAGUGGGGAUAUGGUGUUGAUGAGAGGAAGCACGCAGAGUAAAUGGCUGCAUAGCAUUCCCAAGAGAAAAGGAGGGGAGAGCGGGAAUGGGAGGAUUAAUAUCACAUUCAGAAGGGCUAUGGUGGUGGGAGGGACGGAGAAUUAUUAUCGGUAUAAUGUUGGGGAUGGGGAUGUUAUGAAAUGGGAUGGGAAGGCUAAAAAGAUGGUGAUUUGGGGUGAGAAGAAGGGGGAGGUGGGGGCUGGGAAGGAGGAUGUCAAAGCAGAGGAUGUGGAUAAGGGAUAUGCUGCUUUGUGAUAUCUCGAGUCAAGAGUUUGUUUGCAUCGAAAUGAACGAUCCACAUGGCAUAUCCGUCAUACUAAGAGCAUUUUUGUUGAAGUUCUACCACCAUG